CAACAAGCAAACUGAGAAGUUACUAGAGCCAGCCGGUAAGUUCCUUACCUAAUUUUCUAUAUAAACCCCCGCACGGGCACAGGAAAGUCGCGUGAGUCUGAACUACCAGGAGAAAAUAAGUACACGGUAUUAAUAACGUACACUAGGGGUACAGACAGUUUCGGGUGCCGGUAACGUUAGCCGUUCAGACCAAGUCAUUUGUGUUGGGAAGAGGACUUCCUUGCUGCGUUGCUAUCUCAGCCGAUAACUGUUAAAAAGAAGCGAUGCCUCAGAAACAGAAGUCCAAGUCCUGGACGGAGUUGAAACAAACUGGAAAUGAAUGUUUCAAGAAGGGCCAGUAUGGAGAGGCCACCAAUCUUUACAGCCAGGCAAUCAAAGAGCUGGAGAAGUCCGGUAAAAAGAACCCAGAGGAUAUGGGAAUUUUGUACUCAAACCGUGCAGCCAGCUACCUGAAAGAUGGCAACUGUGGGGAAUGUGUGAAAGACUGCAAUAUGUCUCUGGAGUUGUUCCCCUUCAAUGUGAAGUCCCUGCUUCGUCGUGCUGCUGCCUACGAAGCUCUGGAGCGUUACAGGCAGGCUUACGUAGACUACAAGACUGCUCUGCAGAUCGACUGCAACAUAGCAGCCGCUCACGACGGCACCAACAGGAUGACUAAGGCGCUCACAGAGGCAGACGGUCUCUCAUGGAGAGAGAAGCUUCCUCCCAUCCCCACCGUUCCUCUGUCUGUUAGAGAGAAACUAGCCCAGAAAACUACAGCUAAUGCUGCACAACCAAACCCUACACCGAAACAGAAUGGCACCAGACAGACAAACAAACCUACUCCCAGUGAUAAAGACAUAAAGAAAGGCCAAGUCCUGAAAGAAGAAGGCAAUGCAUUGGUGAAGAAAGGAGAGCACAAGAAGGCCAUAGACAAGUACAGCCAGAGCCUCAAACUCAACCCCACUGAGGUCACAACCUUCACCAACCGGGCACUGUGUUACCUGUCAGUGAAGCAGUACAGAGACGCUGUCAGAGACUGUGACGAGGCUCUAAUGAUUGACAGCGGCAACAUCAAGGCUCUCUACAGGAGGGCUCAGGCUCACAAGGAGCUCAAGGACAUCAAAGCCUGUGUGGGCGACCUGAACAACCUGCUCAAAGUGGAACCAAAUAACUCUGCUGCCCUGAAGAUGCUGCAGGAGGUGCAGAAGAAGAAGUGACGACACAUAAGGGACUCUUGAGACGGUGGUAAGGAUCUGUCACUGCACUGCGUACAGCAAGGAGAAGAAGACGAGUAACUGAUGUUUUUAUAAAGAGUCGGGCGACGGAAAACAGCCGAGCAGUGACAUAAUUCAACCGCUUUAAGACUGGGCCUGUGUUUCCCAAAAGCUCCCUCACGCUGAACACAUGUUUGAUCUGUUCACUCUCACUGAACAAACAUGAGCUUGGUCUCGAGAUGCUUCUGGAAAACGCAGCUCUGAUUGGUGAGAACUGAGGGUGUAUCAGGAAGAUGAGGCGCUGCCAUUUUCAGCUUUGGAAAUGUUUGUAUUUCACCAGUUUUAGUGUCACUGUCAGUUUCAAGUCACUGUGUAUUUAUGGUUAUUUAUAAGAGCUGAAAUUAUUGACACGUACAUCAUAAUUCUAACUGCCAAUAAGCCUUUACCAUCACCAUCACCAUUUGUAAAAGUGAAGUUCAGCAGGUAAUCGGCCAUCAUGUGGUGCCUCCUGCUGGACGCCAAAACUUAAAUUUGUAAGAGCAUGGAAGUUCAUUCUUGACCUUGACAUUAGUCAUGGCCAUGUAUGACAAGUUAAUCUCAACUCUUCAUCAUUGGAUGGAACAUUCACAUCCAACACCAAAGAUCAUCUUUGAAAAGAGGUUGUCACAUGACUGACACUUAGGUCACGUGAGCCAGUUCCGUUUGCUGAUGAAGUUUGAGGCGUCAAAAUGUUCUGACAGGCAUCAGAAAGUUUCCAUUAACUGAGAAAAGGUUUUGAUCAAGAAUGCAGAGGAAAUCAUUUGCAGCUGGUUAGAUUCCAGGUAGGAGUGGGUGAUAUGGAUAAAACCAUCUACAUAGUAUAUUAUGGUAUACAGAAUUUUAUAAUAUAUAUAAUGAUACAGUAAGAUUCCUAGAAAAUCAAUUAAUAAUGGCCCUAAUACAACUAGAUAUCAAAGGGUAUCUACCACAGUAGAGCAAAAUCUCUAACGGUUGACAACUUUACAUCAUCUCGCAGUAUAUACCGUCAUAUUUAGCAACCCAAAUUCUCGCAAUACUCCUAAUAAGAGCUGCAGCUAGUAAUUAUUUUCAUUUUUGAUUGCUGUGCUAAUUAUUUUCUUAAUUAGCUAAUCAUUUGUUCUAUAAAAUGUCAGAAAACUGUGAAAAAAUGCCCAUCACAAUAUCCUGGAAAAACAAGGUAACAUUUUCAAACAGUCCAAAACCCAAAGAUAUCAAUUUUAUUAUCACAUAGAACAAAGAAAAGCAGGGCAUCCUCACAUUUGAGAAGCUGGGACCAGAGAAUGCUGGAGAUUUUUGCUUGAAAAAUGACUUAAUUAACUGAAUAUCAAAAUAGUCGAUACAUUUUUACAUCCUACUCUACUGUUUAAAAUUUAAAGUCCAUAUUGAAGCGCACUUUGCCGGGGUAAAUCAGGCAACACACCUUUCUAAACACUGGUGAUUGUAAAGGUUUAUUAAACAGCCAUUUUUCACAUAAUGUUUUACACUCAGGUAGUUUACUUAGGUAUCCUAUAUUUGGUUUUCUGAGGCUUUGAGUAUGUGUGAACAUCUGCCUUUCUCAAUGGAUUGAUAUUUAUUAUAUUCAUGCCGUGUUCAUGUCAUAUGGGAUGGGUGGUAGAAAUUAGAGUUGGUCGUGUUAGGGUUAAAAAUGCUGUGGCAAUAUAGCACGAUAUACCUUCAAUUUGGGCUUAAUUAGCUUGAACGGCAGACUUAAGCUGACACGAGGCAUCAAUAUUUUCUUGCCUUUUCAUGCACUUCUGGAGUUUACCAGUUGUAAUGACGACUUGGAUCCUGACGUGAACCCUAUUUACAAGUCAAACAGACAACUCCGAUAUGACGUGAACGUGGCAUCAGUCUCGUGUCAUUUGCCUAUUUUGUUUUGAAGCUUCGCCCACCAAACAUGUAUAUUGAUGACGUUUGGUCACAACAGCACCAUUCUCAAAUCCAGAGCCUAAGAUACAACAUGACGUGUUCUUACCUUCUUUCCUGCCUCGGUUUCAGACGUCUGAAAUACAUCAGUCACUUGACUGACAGUUAUAUUUGCAUUUGUUUACUACUUUUAGGAUCAGAGCAUCAGUUUGUUCCCUUUCUGUUUGAAAGACAAAUAUGUGAACCAAGUGAAACUAUCCUCAAACGGGUCAUCAUAUACAAAGUACUGUCUCAAGCUGUGAUCAGUCCAUUUUAUCGUAUUAUUGUUAAACAAGUAAAAUCUCAUCGUUGAUCCUGCUGUAGCCUGGCAAUCUCCAUCUUGCCUGAAGUGCCUGUCUUCAUCCUCUGUGCUGCUCUGGAUUACUUUCUGCUGAACAGCUACAAUGUAAAACAAACAAAUCGCACCUCCCGUUACGUGUAGCAUACAAGGAAAGUUUGCGAAACACAUCUGUGCUUGUUCAUGUGUGCACAGAGUCGAGCCAAGAAGCUGCACAGUGCGACCACAGCCUGACACUCUUGGAAACAGAUCUUUUGUUUUAUCACAAUUCUGCUGUUUGUCAACCUGCUUCUGUUUUAACUGCAAAUAAACGUGAGAAAUAAAAGACCUAGA